CGAUAUCCCCCAUUUGUCAAAAUGCCUUGGAUAAUUUAUAGCAGCUUCCAGAAGGCUGAACCGAAGACCUAGCAUUAGCUCAUCUCCCGACUACAGAGAUCAGUUUCCCUGGAGAAAAUGGAUGCUUUGGAGGGUGGACUCUAAGGCAGUGCUGGCAGUGAUGGAGGUCAAGCUGUGAGAGAUGGGCUAGGCCUCGUUUGCCGUGCUGGAGGAGACAGAAUGGCCGCCAAGCGCACGACAGCUGUCCACUUGGGCCUCAAGUUCCAGGCCGCCCAAGAGCAGGGGUUCUACCCACCACAAAUAAAGAUGGAGGAGGACGAGGAGGAGGACGAGGACGAAAGAGCAAAAGGCCCCCGAGUGAUCCAGGCCGGGAGACUGAGAGAUGUCCUAGGAUGGGUGGCACCAGACCAGGUGAAACAGGAGCCGGAUGAAGAGCUGCCCCCGUGCUGGGAGACACUGGCUCAGGAGCACUUGAAGGUGGUCCCCUCACCGCAUUCAGGAUGGGGGAACCCCCAGCAGCCGGAUGAGGUUCUGUGGGAAAGAGCCAAGAGGCAGGAGCAGCAGGUACCAGUGCUGUUUGAAGAGAUGGACACCCAUUCCCCUGAGUCAGAGCACCUCUUGGUGGAUAGGCGGAGACUUCUCCGGAGGGAGGUGCAGCAUGGGCUUGAGGGGGAGGCAGUGACCGUCGGCACAAUUGUACGGAUGCACGGUUUCCCAAAGAUGAGCCGCCGGGGCACCAACUGGUCCUAUGCCGAAGUUGCCGACCUCUUAGACGUUUGGGGAGAGCAAAGGAUCCAGCGAGUCCUGCAAAGCAGCCACCGCAACAUGGACACCUUCCAGGUCAUCGCCAACGAGAUGGCCAAGCGGGGGCACGAGCGGACGGCCCAGGAGUGCCGGACGAAAACCAAAACCAUGAGGAGGGACUACAAGAAGGCCAAGGAGAACAGCGGGACUGGGAGGGGGCGCGCCGCAUGCCCCUUUUACGACCAACUGGAACAGAUUUUGGAUUCUAGCGCCCAAGCCUCUGUAAGAGUCCGGGAUUUCGCCCAUCCCGAGGAGUCAGGUGGAGAAGGCGAUACUCCCCUGGGAGGCCUGGGGGAGGGGAUCCCGCACGAAGAGAACAAGGACUAUCUGGAGAGCCAGGACGUCUUUGAUCCCGGCGCCCAGUUUUCCAUUGAACUCGUGGAUUCGAUGGACUCCAGCCCCGCGGAAUGCAAAAUGGAGGACACCUUUGAGGAGGAACCAAUUUGCACUCCUCAGCCGGGCACGGAAGCUGACCCCUUCCCUAGUCGGUUGCCCCCUGCCCCGCACAGUAUCCCGGGCAGCCCAGCCACCCCCGGCUCCACGGCAGACGUACACGCCACCCCUUCCCACAGCCCGUUACCCGGCCCCACAGGUCUUUCGGCCGCGGAACGUCUCGCCAACCUCCGGAACCGACAUAAGAAAACCAGGAACGAUUUGGCCAUGGAAUUGGCGAAAGCAGCGGACCGGCGGAUGCAGACAGCCACUCACAGGAUCUUGUCCGCUCUGGAUGGUUAUGCCAAGGCGGAGCUGGAGGAGCGUGAGAAAGAUCGGGUGGGCACAGAACAGAUUAUCGCUAUCAUGAACCGCCAGACGGAACUGCUGGAGCUCUUAAUACGGCAGCAGUCUUCGGCACCAGCAGCUGUGUCCCCGGCGCCCUCGUGGCAUGUGUGGACCCCACGGACCGGGCAGUCAAGCCACCGCCCCACGGGCCCUUCUUCCUCCCGUCUGGGGGUCCCCAGGCGGCCGUUGACGCCCAGAGCUCGGAACAGACGGAGACCUCAGAACUACAGCCCGUGAGAACGUCCACUUCCGCUAGGGAGUUCCAAGUUUAUGAUUUGCGGUUGUUUAUUUUUAACUGCGAGAGGUAUUUAUUCACACAUAGGGCAGAAGGCAGUGUUUUAUUUCUAACUUUGACCCCAACAGCCGAAGUUUGCAUCAAAAUCUUUCUCGUUAGUUUUGUUUCCAAACUGAGAGCCAGUUUGGUGUAGUGGUUAAGUGUGCGGACUCUAAUC